GGGGCGGUGGCACGCGCGGCACUUCCGGGACGGGACGGGGCAGUGUCGGCCAUGGCGGCGGGAGGCGGGCGCAGCGCGGCGCGGCGGGCGGACAUGGGGCGGCGGCUGGCGCGGUUCGCGGCGCUCCGAGGGAGGCCCGCCCGGCCCGGCGAGUUCUGGGACGUGGUGGCGGUGACGGCGGCGGACGAGGAGCAGGCGCGCGCCUACCGGCGGCAGCUGGCCGAGAAGCUGCGCGGGGAGGAGCUGCCGCUGGGCGCCCGGUACCUCGUGUUCGUGGAUCCGCCGGGACCGAAAAUCGGAAAUGGUGGAUCAACACUUCAUGUUCUGCAGUGUUUGGAAGAUCUAUAUGGUGAUAAGUGGACUUCUCUUAUUGUGCUGCUGAUUCAUUCUGGUGGUUACAGUCAACGUUUACCAAAUGCAAGUGCCCUGGGAAAAAUUUUCACAGCUUUGCCUUUUGGGAAUCCUGUUUACCAGAUGUUGGAGCUGAAGCUCGCCAUGUACAUUGAUUUCCCCAGUCGCAUGAAGCCAGGAAUUCUCAUUACUUGUUCAGAUGACAUAGAACUGUACAGCACUGGUGCUACAGAAACUGUCACAUUUGAUAAACCUGGGUUUACUGCCUUAGCUCACCCUUCUGAUUUGACUGUUGGGACGACUCACGGAGUGUUUGUUUUAGAUCCAUCCACUGUUUCGGGAAAAGGAGGAAUUGAAUACACAUCUUGCCAUCGUUUCCUGCACAAGCCUGAUGUUGAGACAAUGCACCGGUGUGGUGCAGUAUGCGUAAGAGGAAAUUGUUCUCAGCCAAGCUCCUCUGGAGACCAGAGUGACUCAGAAAUGGGUGUGCAGUGUGUUUAUACAGACAGUAUAUUUUACAUGGAUCAUAGCACUGCGAAACAAUUACUGACAUUUUAUAAGCAGAUGGGCAGUCUUUGCUGUGAAAUAGAUGCAUAUGGUGACUUCCUCCAGGCCUUGGGACCUGGAGCUACUCCAGAUUACACACAAAAUACAAGUAACGUCACAAAAGAGGAGUCACAGUUAGUGGAGGUUCGACAGAAGCUAUACUCCCUUCUGAAAGGAACGGUGCUUAAUGUUAUAGUCUUAAACAACUCGAAGUUCUACCACAUUGGAACUACUGAAGAGUAUUUGUUUCAUUUCACAACUGAUAAUGAACUGAGAUUUGAGCUUGACUUACAGUCUGUGGCUUUUAGCAUCUUUCCUGACAAAGCUGAAAGUUUGAAACAAUCACUAAGCGUCAUUCAGAGCAUCCUUGAGCCUGGGUGUUCUGUAGGACCUGGCUCUGUUGUUGAAUACUCCAGGAUUGGGCCUGAAGUCUCAGUGGGGAAGAAAAGCAUUAUUAGCGGAGCAUACAUAAAUCUGAAAGUAGACAUACCUUCACACUGUUUUCUGAGUUCAUUAAGUGUAAAAAUAAACUGUCAAGUACAGUACGUAAGUAUGGCAUUUAGUGUGGAAGACGACUUGAAAAAGAGUGUGAAAUUGUUGUCGGAUAUACACUUACUCCAGUUUUUUGGAGUCAGCUUCCUAGAAUGCUUGGACCUCUGGGGUGUGAAGGUUUCAGACCAGCUCUUCAGUGGGAACGCACAUUUGGGGUUGUGGACUGCUAGGAUUUUUCCUGUUUGUUCCUCUUUAAGUGAAUCAGCAACAAUGUCAUUGAAAAUGUUACAUUCUGUGCAGCAUAGGUCAGCAUUUAAACUGGAUAGCUGGAAGCUCUUGUCUGUUGAAGAAAUGCUCACCUACAAAGAUUUGGAAGACAUGCUGAAGUUUAGGAAGCAAAUUUAUGAUGAAAUCUGUCCACAAAGACUGAAAAAGAAGUCUGAUUUGUAGAAGGAACAGUACUUGGACAGAUUCCCUCUUUUCAUUUGUGGAUGAUUGAUUACUUCCCAGGUUGUAAAAAUCACAAGAAAACAAGUACAAGGAUCUUUUCUCUCAUUUCAUUGAAGUAGAAAUAAUGAAAUUACACUAACAAUGUUGUUGUAGCAUAACAUUAUAAUGCAGCAAGUGCCGAUAAACUAUUCUUUUGAUGAAAGAACGCAAUAUUUCAGAUCUCUGAAAACACUAAUUUGUAACUUUCUUGGGGUUGGUGUUAUGUUUUGUAGUCAGUAAGAAUAUGAUACAGAGCAAGUUAAUUAGAAAUCGGACUGAAAACAGCUGUAGAAGUUUUUAAAGUAGAACAUUAGCUCCAGCAACAUGGAAUGUUGCUGCAAUAACUUGUGUUUCUGUCUUUGAAUGCUGCCUUUUUACUGUACUGUUUCAAAUAGGUAAAGAUAAAUGUAUUGGUACUUUUAAAGUCAAGGCAUCCCGUCUUAAGCAUUAAACAUUUUCUUUUCAUUUUUAAAUUUUUUUGUAUUCUUGCUUGGUUUCCAUCAGAAGAUUUGCAUAGGAGUUCAUUAUUUCCUUUGUGACUGCUAAUAUUGAGCUCAGAACCUGGCAUCAAGACAUACUGGAUAUUUUUUUUGACUGCUAGUCAUUUGGAAUCUGGUGGUUUUGUUGCGCAGCUGCCAACUUUUCUUUGUUCCCAGGUGUACUGGUAGGUGCCACAUGAAACCUGACAUAUCCUACUUCUCAAAACCACACUGUCGGAGUCCUUCGGGUGAUGCUUGAUCCACAUCCAAACCAGUGGGGUAGAGCACAGAGAGGCUAACUGUUGUGAGGGGCACCACGAUGCACAUCUUUGAGUCUCAAACACAGUGUAUAUUCCCUCUUCCCCUUCUCCACUCUUUACCAAUAAAGGUGACUUGUUGUUCCAGUUGAGCUCCCAACAGAUGAGUAUGCUGCUUAUGUGUUCUGUUCUGGCCUGCUGAAAAAGGAAAAAGCCUUUUUAUGUGUACAACUUUAGAUGCGCUUUCCUCUUUUCACUCUUCCCUGCCCUCUUUUUAUAAAAAUACAGGCAGUGCCAGCCUAGGUUGUGCUGGUGCUCCGUCUGGCCCUGCAUUCUGUCCUGGGCUGUGGCACCACAGAGACUGCACAGGGAGAGGAUGCCAGCCUGUCCAAUUCUGUGAGCCUGUGUUUUCAACAGCUCCUUGCAUAAGCUGUCAGGAUGGGCAUUCGUGCUACAAGGUGGAAAAAAUCUCUUCCAUGCUAAGUUUAUAUUCAGAUACCUCAAAUAAUUUCUUUUUAGUUUUGCUUCUACAAUGAAUGCAUUUUUAAUUUUUCCAUUUUGUGCUAUUUUUGAGAAUGUGCUGUGUAUUAUAUCCGUAUAUUUUGACUGCAAAUAUAAUGCAUCU